AUGACUAGUAACUCUCUUUUAUUUUCGAUUAAUAAUGAAGGUAAAGUUUAUGCACUCUCCACAAGCGGGUCUUGUUGGAGAGAAUUUAUGUAUCUUGGAUUGGAAUUUAAAACAUUGUCUGCUGUACCACAUUUUUUAUGGGCUGUUGGAGGGGAUCGACAGAUAUAUCUUCAUGUACAUGGAUUAGAAAUACCUAUAAGGGUUAAAGAAGAAUCAUAUGAAAAUGAAAGAUGGCUUCCUUUAGAUGGGUUUAGUGAUAGGCUUCUUCCUACAGACCGGUAUCACUUUUCUUCUCAAGAUGGAACCAAAGAUAGAUCAAUAGAUUGUAUUAGACUACCUUCAAUGGCAUGGCAGUGGGAAGGUGACUGGCAGCUAGAGCUAACAUUAGAUGGACAACCCUUGGACCAUGAUGGUUGGACAUACGCAGUAGAUUUUCCUGCUCAAUUUGUUCCAGUCAAACAAUGGAAAUCAUGUGUACGAAGAAGAAAAUGGAUAAGAUAUAGGAAAUUUAGUGCAAUGAAUUCUUGGUGUGCUAUAGCACCACUUCAUAAGGAUCCAACGCAAGAGCCAUUCAUAGAUGUUAGUAUUGGGGGUAAUCAAAUCCCGCAUGCCUCUCCUGGGACAUUGUCUGUCUGGGCCAUUACAGCUCAAGGAAGGGUCAUGUACAGGGUUGGUGUGAGCACGACUUCACCUGAAGGACAAAAAUGGAUAAAUGUAAGCAUUCCACCAAACUGUGAUAUAAAACAGAUAUCUGUAGGUCCAACAGGCUUAGUGUGGGCUUUACUUUGGACAGGCAGGGCUAUUGUUAGAAAAGGUGUAACUAAAGAUUGUCCAAGUGGUGAAGCUUGGCUUGAAGUAAAAUCACCGCCAGAAACCAAAUUAACUUCAUUAUCAGUUGGUUACAAUGUCGUUUGGGCUGUGAGUUCUGAUACAAGAGUGUGGUUUAGAAAAGGCAUAGAAGGCUAUUAUGCAGGGAAUUCAGAAACAGCUUGUAUGGGUAGUGGAUGGCUUGAAAUUAAUGGUAAUAUGAUACAUAUUUCUGUAGGCAUCAAUGAUCAAGUAUUUGCUGUUGGAGAAACAAAUAAAAGCAUUUACUGGAGAAGUGGAAUUACAGCCACUGAACUUACAGGAAAAAGAUGGAGAAUGAUACAGGCAAAUAUGCAACUGAGUCGCACAUCAAGCUCGGCCAGUAUUAUUUCAUCAUCAUCAAAUACAAAACAUCAUAGCCUUAGUUUAUUAAAUGAAAAUGCUGUAGAAUUAAAAACAAAUAUUAAUUUAAGAAAUUCUUGGGAGGAGUCACAUUCUGCGCCUAUCGAAAAUACUCUGCCAUUGAAACCAUCCAAGGAAGUAAGACCUAAGAAGAAUUCUAAUGCCUUAGAAAAUAUUGAUUUGUCAGGGAAGAGUUAUGAAACUACUCUUAAAAACCCUAGAGCUUGGAGUCCCGUUAGAAGUGUGGGGUCAGUUGUGGGUAUGGAGGCUCAACCUGAUAGUGAUAGCAGUGUGUUUGAUGUUGAUUCAGGUAUGUAUUUCGAUGAAGAGGUUAGUCAAGCAGCUUGGGGUACAUGUGAUGCAACAUGGACAUUCAUAGAGGCUGGAGCAUGCUCCAUAGAUUCUGUACGGGUACCACAUUGGUUCUCAGAUUCCAAAAAUGGUCACAAUUGUGAUAUAAAUGCCAAAUGGCGAUUUGAUAUUUUGGAUGCCUUGAAAAAUAGAAAUAAUAAAGAUAUUGAUCUCAGUAAUUUUGGUUUGGCUAUUGAAGAAAAAGGCUGGACUCGUAGUUGCGAGGCUAGAUUAGUGAGUGAUAGUAUAAGUGAAGACUGUAUAGUUUCCAUUUAUUGGCAUGCAUUAGAAAAUGCUGGCACCUUAUCAGUAUUUCAACCAGAUGGCACAAUCAAAUUUAUAUUAAAUUUAAGAGAAAUAACGAGUAUAAUGACCUCGUCUGAACCUGGUUCUCCAAGGAUAACAAUGACAAUACCAUACCAAAAUCAGAAAACAAUAAAAAUACAGUACAUUUCAGAAAUUGAACAAGAGGAGUGGUUAAGUGUACUAGUUGAUAUCACCUCACAAAUUAAUGGAUUGUCUGGCAAACCAUCCAGUCAUUCAGUUUGGUUGGUAACCAGUUCAGGAGAUGUUCUUAAUUGGGAUCCGACCUCAACCCAAUUAAAUUCAGAAAAAAAUGGCAGCUAUAUAAAAGAAUUUCAAGUGUUCAAUCAAGAUAUAACUAAUGGUUACACCACAACCCUGCACAACAAUUUCCCCUCAGGAAGUAUGUUGAAAAUAACAGGCUGUUUAUUUGACGUCAUCAAUAGAUUUCACAUAAAUUUGCAAGGACCAGAAGUAUUAAAACAAAGACAUAAGAUUGAAACAGAAGUUUGUGAUAUACCAUUUCAUUUUAAUUUGAGGUUUGAUGAAAAUACAGUUGUUUGCAAUACAAAGAAAUCAGGUUAUUGGGGUAAUGAAGAAAGAUAUGAGUUGCCUUUGAAACCUGGUCAAGAAUUUUUAAUUAAAAUAAUAUCUGAUGGUCCUGGGUUCAAAGUUAUUGUCAAUGAUAAGCAGUUCUGCUUUUACAAACAUAGACUAAAUCCGGAGACUAUAAUGUCAGUAUUAGUAAUGGGACCCUUAAAACUUUAUACAAUGGAAUACAGUUCGACCAGUCCAAUUAUUGGUCCAGAUGAAAUGAUUUGGCGAAUGAUGGGAGGCUAUUUGCGUAAAGUAGAAUGUUGUCAAAACGGUAUCGUGUGGGGAAUCUCACACGACCAUAGUGCUUGGGUCUAUACAGGAGGAUGGGGCGGUGGCGUACUUAAGGGAAUCGGUGGAAAUGAGGGUAUACAUUCCAUAAGCGAUACUCAAACAUAUUGUGUUUAUGAGAAUCAACGUUGGAAUCCACUAUCGGGCUACACAUCGACGGGUCUCCCGACCGAUCGUUAUAUGUGGAGUGAUGUUACAGGAAAACAUAAAAGGACACGUGAACACACCAAAUUACUCAGUCGGCACUGGCAUUGGGUUUCAGAGUGGAUAAUAGAUUACAAUACUCCUGGUGGCGUGGAUAGUGAUGGUUGGCAAUACGCCACAGACUUCCCAGCACCCUAUCACGGAAAGAAAGUGUUCACAGACUGCGUGCGUCGUCGCAGAUGGUAUAGGAAGGCAAAGAUUGUAUCUGAAGGUCCAUGGGUCCGGGCUGGAAGCACCGCUGUCAUUGAUAUAUCAUUAUGGGCCAAUAACAAAGAAGCAUCUGCUUGGGCUGUGACUUUAGGUGGUGAAGCAAUAUACAGAACUGGAGUAACAACAGCUACACCUGCGGGCACAAGUUGGGAACAUAUAAAUAGUCCGAAUACGUUUGUAGCUAUCAGUACCUGUGAUAAUGUGAUAUGGGCUGUUGGAAGAAGAGGAGAAUUGUACUACAGAGAGGGAGUUUCAAAAGAGACACCUGGUGGUUCAAGUUGGAAAAUUAUAGAGACACCUAAGUGCACGUUCCCAUUCAACCAAAAGACUAGUGUGGGAGCUAAAUUAGUAUCAUUAAGUAGUAACUCAGCGUGGGUAAUACUUACUAAUGGAUAUGUUGCUGUCAGAACAGAAGUAAACAAAAAUCAAGAAGCAGGCAAACAGUGGAAGUAUUUGACAGACUGCGAGUGGACGUUUAAACACGUGUCUUGUAUGGGUGAUGAAGUGUGGGCUGUUAGGAGUGAUGGCAGAGUGUACCGGAGACUCGGUGUGACCGCCGACCACGCUCCUGGCAUUGCCUGGCUGUUAGUACUACCCGGACCUAUAGUACAUGUGUCAGUCAGGGGAUGCUCAUAA